AGCUAUAAAAUUCUCUAAAAAGACGUUCCAGAAACAGUACAUAGAUGUCAGUAGCAAUGUAGUUACGCGAUCAUGCGCGACUAUAGUAUAAUAUAUAGGUCAUAUUAUGAAAUCGAUUUUUUUUUUAUAUAAAAUAGAAAUAAACAAAUAUAUUUUUCUCAAGUUAAAUAUUAUUUUGUAUAAUUAAAAAUGUAAUAUAAUUCUAAUUCUCUGUCGAUCAUUGUAAUUUUUCUAAUAAACUUAUUUACAAAUCGUAAUUCAACAAUAAAAGAUUUUAAUAUGCUUAUACAUAUGGCUUUUAAUAUAUUGUAUUAUAAUAUCUUAUAUAUUUUUAUGAUUAUUUCCAGAUUUUAAUAUAAAACUAUACUCACAGCUUAUUACUCGAUAAAAUUUAACUUUAAUCAUCAAUGACCGACAGAGCAACAAUAUAAAAAGUAAAAAAAGAUCGCUUGAAUUCCUAAUAAAAAAACCUGUUUCAAUAUAUUUGCACACAUUUACUUUUUUUUUUUAUAAUAUUUUCUUCUAUUCUCGUAAGAAUUCUAUCAUCUUUUUAUCUACUAUAUUAGUUAGAAAAUUUUUAAUUUUGUUAAAAAGUAUUUAGUGAAAUAUUUUGAUCAUAAUUCUUAUAGUUUUCAAAUACUUUAUUCAAAUUUAAUAUGAAAAAUUUAAUAACGACAUAUAAUUUGAUAUAUAAUAAUGACAAUAAUUUAAAUAAUAAUAUAUAAAAUUUCAAAAUAUAUUGAUAAAAUUUUAUUAUAAUACUAAACUAUAAUAUAUACUAUAUAAAUUUUAAUAUAUUUAUAUAUAAAUAUAAAAAAUUUUUAAAUUUAUAUUAUAAAUUUUUCAAAAAAAUUAUUCUCUAUAAAUUCUCUAUAAAUGUAAUAUAUUGAUAUAUUACAUUUCUAACUUAUAUUACUAAUUUUAGUCAGGUAUCCUUUCACAUAAAGUAGGUUUAUAGUAAUAAUAAACCGGAAAUAGAAUUAGAAAGUUAUUAUAAAUUAUAAUAUAUAAAUUUUAAUAUAAUGCAUUUAAAAAAGUCAUCAAUUUAUUGAAAAUGUAUAAAAUGAAUUUUUAAUAUAAAUUCUUUAAAAUUAUAAACAAAUAAUAAACAAACAAUUUAUCUUACAUAGAGAGAUAUAUAUAUAUUUUAUGUAUUUUUUUUCAUCUGCGAUUAGAAAGAUAAUAAAAUAAAUCAUUAACAUAAAUCAAUAUCAUAAAUCAAGAUAAAAUAAAAAUAAUUUUUUUUACUUUGAUACUUUAAUAGUUUAAUAUUAACUUAUUGAAAUAUAUUUAAAUAUUUAAAUUAUAAUAGUAAAUGUGAAAGGUCGUUUGAAAAUGAGUUGACUUUGUACUGUCUGUUCAGUCGGUGACGAGCGGUCGACAAGUCCGCACGCAUUGAUUUAGGUGUUACUGUGAAUUUUUUUUGAUCUACAAAACGCAUUUAUGAUAUACCGCUUUAAAGAACUAAAAUUUAAAAUCAAAAAUAAGUUUUUUAAUUCUUGAUAAAUAUUUUUCAACUAUUAUAUAGAUUUUUUUAAUCAAUCAUAAUUUUAUCAAUUCAUGUUUAGCUGCGUAAUUCAAAAUAAUGUAUAACAAUUAAAAAAAAUGAAUUCAAUAAAGUAUUUGACAUUAUCAAAAUAAUUAUAACUGUGUGUCAACAAAAGUGUUAUCUUUAGUUUUGUGCGAUAUUCCUCGUUGAAAAUUGACAUUUUAUAACCAGAAAUUGGAUUCAACUGCGAAAUUUUUAGUUAUCAAAGAAUGCCUUCGCAACUAAGCAAAUGCAUCGAUAUAUCCUGUAAGGAAUACUCACAUUAUUGGAGAGAUUCCUGUUUAAUAGCAGCAGCCGGUCUUGGCAUAGAUGCUCUUCAAGAAUGCCUAAAGAUAUAUUCUACAGUUUACAUAGUUGCUCUUUUAAUGAAAGGGAAAGUACCAUCUAAAGCAGACAUUAAAAAAACAAUAUUGGGUCUUUUGCAAUCAACUGCUUUUCUCUCAUGGAGUGCUUUCUCAUAUUCUGUGUUUAUUUGUUCUUUAAGACGUAUACUUGGAAAAUUCAGUCUUUUGACUGUAUCAUUUCUUCCAUCUUUUUUAUCUAGUUUGUCAGCUAUUAUUAUUGAGCGACCAUCAAGACGUUCUUUAUUAAGUUUAUAUGUAUCUAAUGUUGCAACAGAAACAUUAUUUAAAAUGGGAGUAGAAAGAGGAUAUUAUUCUCCUAUUUCACAUGGUGGAACAUAUAUUUUUGCUACAUCAAUAGCAUUGUUACUUUAUUUCUAUCGUUCUAAACCAAAUAAACAAGUUUCCUUAUAUAAAAUUUUUAGAAUUAUUGUUGGAAAAUAUGAAGGGAAUGAAUAUCUUAAAAAAGAAAAUUUAAAUUGUGAAACACAAAACAACUCUGCUAAUGAAGAGAAUAAUAGAAAUUUAAUAAAACAACAUAUUUUAAAUAAAACAUCCUGUAAAAAAAAUAUAUUCAUAAAAUCACUUGAAAUAUACAAGAAAAUCAUAGAAAGAUUAAAACAACUUAAAGGAAAACAUAUAUCAUGUUCACAUCCUUUUAGUUGUGUUCAUUAUAUAUUAAAGGGUAGUAUACAAGUAUUUAGUUAUGCUCUAAGUGCCCAAUUAGUGAUUAAUUUGUUUUUUGGUACUAGAAAAUUAAUUACAAAACCAUUCUUAACAAGAGCAAUAAUUUUUAGAAAAGACAAUCUAAAUUUACCUAUGUUUUUAGGUGGUUUUACUGGACUUUAUAGGCUAAUAUCCUGUUUAUUAAGAAGAUUUUUUAAAAAAGAUUCUUCUUAUUAUGCAAUACCCGCUGGACUUAUUGGUGGUUUAACAUUUAUGAUUUAUAGUAGUAAUACAAUAGCUUUAUAUUUUAUGUGGAAAGCAUUACAGUUGUUAUGGAAUGAUCUUGUGGAAAAAAAGAUAGUACCUGAAAUAAAGUGGUUCGUGAUCUUUUUAUAUUGUUUUAGUACAGCAGUACUCUUCCAUGUAGCAAUCUUUGAACCACAUCUUUUAAGAUCUUCCUAUUGGAAAUUUUUAUAUGCUAUAUCUGGAGGAAGAAUAGCAACAAUGUCUCGAGAACCAUUAGAUAUAUUUGGUUUUGAAACAUCUAAGCAUCUCACGGACGUACUAAAAAAAACUAAUACUAUCAUUAAAAAAGCUUAUAUUUUUUAAUUUAAUAACAUAAAAAAAAGAAGAUAUAUUGAAUUUUGUUUUUAUACAUGUAUUUGUUAUUUAUAAUAUCAGAAAAAUGACAAUAUGAUUCAAAAUGUUUGUUUCUAUGUAAAAAGAUACAAAAAAAUUUAUAUAUAAAACUUCCUCCUCAAGAAAA